AUGCUCGAGCAGUCCAAGGACGGAGACCGGUCCCAAGCACCGACUCAAGAGGUUGGUUUGGAACACCUGGGCCUGCAAGCUGCGCCUCAGAAGCGCCCGGCUCCUGACGAUGAGCUUGAGUUUAUCUCCUCCAAUCCAGUCAAGAAAAGAAAAUCGACCCCGACACAAACGCAGCCUGGGCCAGACUCCACUCCUCUCACACAGCACUCUCCUACUUCUAUACCAUCACCAACACGCCUCAUCGACCGUUGCCGUAGUGCCUAUGGUAUACGACCGGCCGAGAUCCGGAAGCAAGUCUUUGUACCGGAACCACGUGGCGGAUCAUUGCCGACCUUUGACCAGUUCGCCUUCCCAAGAUUCUCUUCUCCCAUACGAGGCCCGCCCACACGACUCUCGGUGGCCAUAUCGCCCAAGCAGCUCCCUUAUGCUGUCCCCACACCGCAAGCACCCCCGGACACCGGCCAAUCCUCCGGACCUCGCUCAUUCCAACCCGCGGUCGCCCCCCAAACCACAAUUGCCUUCAAUCAGAUCCCGUGUCUUGACUACAACGGUGUACCGGUCACUAGUCGCGGGUUUGAUAUGGGGCAAAUAUUCUCUCUGCCAAUUCUACACCAAACCACCGCGUACCCCGCGCCAGUGCCCACUAGUCAGGGACUUUCACCCUCAAGCCUUCUGCAGGAUAUUGCUCACACGAUUCGGUCUGGGUUCCCAUAUGCCCAAGUGGCGGCACGGAAUGGGACGCCGCCAGACAAAGUGGUUGAGACAGUGGGAAACUUAGUGAUUACACAUUUGCUGAGGAUGGCUUCCCAGAGCCCCAGGGUGCGGUAA